AGAAGAUCGACUUAUUGGAAAGUCGAAAGGCUUGUCGAAAGACGGGAAACAGAUGAAACGGUAAGUGUUUGGCCGUAGUGCCUGUCUUCGCACGUGAUCACUUGUGUUUAUAUAUUUUUAACUGAAUUCAGUGGAAAUCAGCACAGGCUUUUCUUUGCCUUUCAUUUAAUUAGGUAGAAUACUUGGUGCAAUGGAAGAGCUACUUGCCUUACGAAGCCUCGUGGGAGCCAGAGGAGGGUAUCUUGCCUCGAUGCGAGGAACUUUUCAACAGGCCAAGCCCGGACGUUGCAAUAAUUCCAGAAAAUGUGUGUUCUUUUAGGGUGGCUGUCGAACGGCACUUGAAAUCGCGGUCACUUUUGCCUGCAAGGUUGUUUUUUCGGGAAUGUUUUCCGUUUCUUGUUCGCUGGUAA